UGUAAAAAACUUUCCUUUUUUUUUCUUCCUUCGCUUAGCUAGUUCGCUUCCUUGCAAACGACUCGAUUGACAAAACAAGUAGCCCCUCGCCCCCUCCCUGGUUUCCUCCUCCCAACCGAUCCUGCCGUCGCCUGCGAGAUACUUUUCCAAAGGAGUUAACCUAUAGUCAGUCUUGAGAAUGAAUUAUAUUAUUGGAGCUUUCAAGCCACCAUGUCACAUAACAAUUUCAUUUAUUGAUGGCAAAACCAGAAAGAAGUAAUGUAUUUGCGCAGGCUUCUGUAAAGAAAGAAAAUGGACAGACUGCAAUGGUUCCACUUUUUCAAAGCCUAGAAAAUAUUGUUGGCGAGGUGUCUAUAGAUCCACUUCAAGGGAAAAAACUGGAACAUACUGGUGUGAAAAUUGAGCUCCUUGGUCAGAUUGAGCUAUAUUUUGACAGAGGAAACUUUUAUGACUUCACCUCUCUAGUGCGUGAGCUUGAUGUUCCUGGUGAAAUUUAUGAAAAAAAAACUUUUCCAUUUGAGUUCUCAUCUGUUGAGAUGCCCUAUGAGUCAUAUAAUGGUAUCAAUGUCCGAUUAAGGUAUGUUUUGAAAGUGACAAUCAGUCGUCAUUAUGUCAGCAACAUUGUGGAGCACCAAGAUUUCUGGGUUCGCAAUUAUACCCCAGCCCCAACAAUUAACAAUAGUAUCAAGAUGGAAGUUGGAAUUGAAGACUGUUUACACAUAGAGUUCGAAUACAACAAAAGCAAGUAUCAUCUCAAGGAUGUUAUAGUUGGGAAAAUCUACUUUCUUCUUGUGAGAAUAAAAUUAAAAAACAUGGAAUUGGAGAUUAGACGUAGAGAAUCAACUGGUUCAGGGCCCAACACUUAUGUUGAGACAGAAACACUUGCAAAAUUUGAAUUAAUGGAUGGUGCUCCAGUUAGAGGAGAAUCAAUCCCUAUAAGAUUGUUUCUGAGUCCCUAUGAGCUGACACCUACCUAUCGGAACAUCAACAACAAAUUCAGUGUUAAAUACUUUUUGAAUCUCGUCCUCGUGGACGAGGAAGAUCGGCGGUAUUUCAAGCAGCAAGAGAUCACCAUAUACCGUCUCCAGGAAACUCCUUGAGGUUUAUCAUCGCGAGACAAGCAUCUAGAUGAAAUUUCCUCAAGGACAUAACAGCUUUCUCUUGAACAAAAAACAAAACACAAGUUUGUAAGAGGGCGGUUGAACUGCCUUGCUUGUUUGUGAAUUCUAAGAUUUCUUUCACUUUCGUCGCUGUAUUCUUUAGUCUAAUCCCGUGGUUUCAUAUCCUAUUUGUGCCAAGGCUUGUAGAAAACCUAGGAAAUAUUGGUUUCAUUGAAUGCUUGCGAAUUGUCUAGGAUAAUAAAAUGACUGGAGAACUGUUGCUUUUUCUUUA